GUGAGUCUCUAACUUCAAGGAUUAUGCUCCAGUGUGUCUCUUCAUUAAGCGAACAACCUGGUUGACUCCACUCUGGGUGUGCCUGAUUUCCGAAGAGGGAAGCAUAGCAGAGCUUGAAAUCUUUGCUAAGGAAACCAAACACAUGCCGCUGCCUACAGAGACAGCUCAGGACACAAGUUGUUUUGAAGCAAUGACCCCUGUUUAACACAAGGAUUUGGACCAUGUACCAUUAUGGUUUUGUGCCUCAAGAGCAUUAUCCAAGCAUGAUCCAGCCCUCCCCAUACACCUACCUGCCUCUUGGGCCUGGCAGAUUGGCUGAGUCUCCAAACACCACAAUGUUCCCUCCUAUCCAGAUGCACAACUUCUAUAGCCGGCCUGUCACCACCAUCAUGGACUGGAACAGCCACCAUGACUAUGCAGGAAACCAACUAGAGUAUCAUCAUUUCUACGGCAGCAAUCCAUACUUCCAUCCUCACCCUUUCUGGCACUUCUCUCAGGUGACCCCCAUGUCUCUGUACAACCCCUAUGCAAACUAUAAUCCGUACGCAGCAUACCAGAGGCCAAGCCAGGGUCAGGACAUAUGGCCUCAGGGCUUCACCAUGAGAGGAGAGCUUCAUUGGGGGAAACUCGAGAGGGUCUUUGGACCUAGACGGGAACUUCCGGAGUUUGUGAAGGAGGAUCUCCGUAGGGUUUAUGGCACCUACCCAAGGACUGAUGUUUCCAUAACCUUCCAGAACAGGGAAUUCCUGGUGAAAGGAGACCCCAGAGUGGGAGAACAGGACUACACAGUCGAAAAGAGAGUCAUCCGAAGGGAUCCCACCCCAACGGCUAGCGAAGCGGACGAUGACAGCGAGGAACGAAACCGGAAGAAGAAAAAGAAAUCUAGACGUUGAUGUAGCCAGCUCACCACAAGACUGGUGCUCCUUGUCGUCAUGGCCAAAGAGUUAGCAGCUGAAUUUUGGCACUUGGGAAGAAUACUGGGAACUAGCACGGGCAUACAACGCUGUCUGCUCCCCUUGGCAAGUUUUUGAACUACUGCCAAAAAUGUAACUUAUUUAAUUCCUCUGCUUACUUUCCCCACGCUCCAUAAACACGCUGACAUAGCUUAUACUCCAGCUGACUGACACGUACUACACAUUCUUCCCUCCCCCCCCACCCCCUGUGCACCUCCAUAUCCGUUGGUCUCUCAGAUAUUGGCUUUGAAUGAGAUUGUAUAGGCUUCCAUUUGUGACUAUAUUUGGUCAGCCAAUCUGCUUGUGCCCUUUUAGAAGAAGAGUUGUCCUCUGCAGGGUGAAUAGCCAGGAAGACUGGACUCCCUCUAUCUCUGCCAACUUGCCCCACUUCUGAGGACAGUGGUGAAAGUGUCUUGUUUGAACACUAUAACCGUGCAGCUGUCUUUUUGUACACCCUGUAAUUACUGCUUCAUACCGAUGAUUGUUGUGGUUAUUCACUAUGGAAUUCUUGUGUCGACUCUUCACUGAGGGCUGGAAGAAGGUGAUGUCAAGAGAUCCCCCUUGUACUCACUGAUGGGUCUGGUGAUCCCUCUUUCUGACUGCAUGUCCUCAUUCUGAGGACAAGAACCUACUGUAUCUUCCUUCGCCAAAGAACCUAACUCAGAUCCGAGUGAGCGCAGCUGUUGCCAGGUGGGCCCUAGAAAAGACACAACUGUGGAUGCCAGUUUACGAGCGCUGUUGACCUACUUCAAAUGUCACAGCUGUUGUAUGUUCCACAGCGCUAGCCUUUUCCCUUUGCCAGGUCUGAAGAGGGGAUCUGCUGCUUGAAGGACACGCUGCACUGGAAACAUACCGCAGG